UGUAAAAGUGAUGUAUAAGUGAUGUAAAAGUGGUGUAAAAGUGGUGUAAAAGUGAUGUAUGAGUGAUGUAAAAGUGAUGUAAAAGUAUCCCCCGGUUCUUGGGCGUUGUCCGCUGGGUUCUGUUUCAGUCUGAACGCGGUGUGUGUUUUCCAGCUGCUGUGCCAGAUGUGUGUGUGCUCCCACAAUGCGCCGGGCUCGGUGAGGUGGGAGGGAGGAAUUUCAGCUAGCGGGAGGGAUGCUGAUGGCUGCUCGGUCCCUGCUAUCAUCACCGAGAAACUCACACCUGUAACACAUUCCCUCACGGACACCACUAAACCAUGGACUCUCUCGGCGUCUUCCUGUGGCUUUUAGUAGUGGUCACCAUCAUCUCUCGCUCGCAUGCAGACCGGAACGUCUACCCUUCAGCCGGAGUGCUGUUCGUCCAUGUUCUGGAGAGGGAAUACUUUAAAGGGGAAUUUCCUCCUUAUCCAAAGCUUGGGGAUACCAGUAACGACCCAAUCACCUUUAAUACCAACCUGAAGGGUUAUCCAGACAGGCCUGGGUGGCUGCGCUACAUCCAGCGAACUUCACACAGUGAUGGAGUCCUAUACGGCUCCCCCACUGCGGAGCAUGCGGGCAAACCAACCAUCAUCGAGAUUACUGCCUAUAACAGACGCACUUUUGAAACAGCAAGGCACAAUUUGGUCAUUAACAUCAUGGGUACAGAAGAAUUCCCCUUGCCAUAUCAGGCAGAAUUUUACAUUAAAAACAUGAACGUAGAGGAGAUGUUAGCCAGUGAGGUGCUGGGAGACUUCCUGGGUGCUGUGAAGAACGUCUGGCAGCCUGAGAGGCUCAAUGCCAUCAACAUCACUUCAGCGCUGGACCGGGGUGGACGUGUACCCCUGCCUAUCAACAACCUGAAAGAGGGCGUGUAUGUGAUGGUGGGAGCAGACGUGCCAUUCUCGUCAUGCCUGCGUGAGGUGGAGAGUCCUCAGAACCAGCUGCGCUGCAGUCAGGAGAUGGAGCCGGUCAUCAGUUGUGACAAGAAGUUCAGAGCUCAAUUCCACAUCGACUGGUGCAAAAUCUCUUUGGUGGAUAUUACUAAAGUCAUCCCUGUGCACAACAGCCGUCCAGAACCGGGAACUGGAGUGCUGCUAGACAUCGGCGAAUACAAUCCACCGUCUGAGUCACUGAAAAGUAGAGACUAUUUUGCUGACUUUCUGGUCACACUGGCUGCGCCUUCUGCUGUUGCUCUGGUCCUCUUCGUCAUCCUGGGCUAUUCAAUGUGUUGUCGCCGAGAAGGAGUGCGAAAAAGAAACAUGCAAACACCAGAUAUCCAGCUGGUGCACCACAGCUCCAUUCAGAAGUCAACAAAGGAGCUGCGCAGCAUGUCAAAGAACAGGGAGAUCUCCUGGCCUCUCUCCACACUGCCCGUGUUCAACCCUGUGAGCGGAGAGGUGGUGCCGCCGAUCCACCCAGAAAACUACGAGACUACCAGCAUGCCACUCAUGCAGACCCAGACAAAUCUUCAAAAUCAAAUGCAGAUCCCACAGCAGCAGCCUUCGGGUAAAUGGUAUUCCUGAAGAGAGGAAAGUGGCUGAAGCACUGAAUCUGUGAGGAGAUGUCUCAUCACUUAUAGCUUCCUGUGCCUGUAUAGUUUGUGUUUCCACAUUGUGCCAAAUCUGCAUGUGCUAUAGCUCUGUGGUCCUGUGCAGCAUCAGUGAAAAGUAGUCCAAGCAGCUGCUGGAGCUAAUGAUGGCUACACUCACAUGACCAUAUCCAAACUAUUGAAAUAUCUGAUGGUAUUUUGAGGCAAUUGUCUUCUUAAAGGGACCAUUUAAAGCAACACAUUGAAGCUUUAACAGACUUUCAUUGAAUACUCGACUUUAGUGGGGUUUUUUUAAAAAAAAAUCUUACUAGACUAAAGAUGUUUUGAUAAAUAAAUGAAUAAAAUGGUCAAUGUAAAAAUCUUCCAUCUGUAGCUUCAUGAGCAUGUGUAAUGAUUUAGAUUUUGAUGCGUGCCAGAGGAUAUGCUUGGGGGGAAUAAAACAGUACAAAACAUGUCCAGCAAGGUAUUUUAUCACUGACGAUGACUAAACAACAAAAACCUUUUCACAUUUCAGGACAAAACUUUUAUAUUUACAUUAGCAUGGUAUGAAUCUUGUUUUUACAGGAGGUCCAAACUAAACUAUACAAAAUGUUUGACCAAAGUCUUAAAAAAUAAAAUCCACACAUUUACAAUUGGAUAAACAGCCGUAACGCGGAGUAAAUCCAUCAGAUUACAGCUGCGGUUUGGCUUAAACGCCACUUCAGGAAAACGCGUACUUUUACACAAGGUCUUUGUUUGCUUUUUAUCUCGUCUUCCUAUAAUGGAAGAAAAGGCUAAAAUAGCGCAGAUUUUGUAGAUCUGCAAAAUACAACAACUAUGAAACAAAGCUAUGGUACAAAGUUAAAUUACAAAAUGUCUGAUCAUUGUAGCUAGCAUUCACCUAGUGGCCCUUUUUAAAAGCAGAUCAGAUAAACAUGGCCAUAAUUUAACUGAAAAAAAAAAAAAUCGGAUUUCACCAGCAGGAUUGUUUAAAACCGUUCCUGCUCUAAAAAAAACAAACAAAAAACAAUUAAUAGACUCGUCAAGAGAAAAACAAACUUCAAUCCAUCUUGUAGCUUAUAGAUAUUUACCAUAUAGCCACAUUUUACCAGCUGCCAUAGUCCCAAACAAGAAAAUGUGUACAAGUGAUGUGUCUAAAUCUACUCCAAUGCUUUCUCAACUUCAGUUGAGGGAUUAAAGCACUGUAUUUCUAAACUCCCUGUUAGUAGCUUUAAAAGGUAAAACACAACCUCCUUAUAGCAUCAAUAUACGGUAACAGAGUAAAGAUUUACAUUCACAACACAGGGGACAGUGUGCUUCGCUGUUUGUACUUACUGAAAUGUAAAAGCGGAAAGCAGAAUAAUACAUACAGAAUAAAAUGAUUUACUAUAGUUCUGAAAAUUCAUAACUCCACUAAAGCUUAGCUUAGGUUGGUCUAAUGGAACUCCUGCACUUUUUAAAGCCUUUCCCUACUCAUAAAUCCUUCAUCGGUGGGACUUCUGCCUCUCACGGUUUUUU